GAGAAUGGCUGAUGUUAGGCAGAAGUGACGGAAUUUAAUUAAACGGGAUCCGAAUGUUCAUUAUGUGCGUGUUUUGCGAUUUAAUUCCAAAUUAUGAAUCUAAUAUUGUGCUUAUUAUAUUGUAACCAUGGCUACUGCUGCUGCAACCACAAAUGGUGAAACAGAAGACAAAAAUUUGUGGCCUGAAUUUUGUGAGAAAAAUGCUCGUGUUGCUGCUGUAGAUUUUGCUCAGAAUUAUCGUCUGUUUGUUAAUGAUCAUCCAAAUGUUGGGAAAACAGUGAGUAACCAGGAAAUAAGUAAAAAAUUUAUCGAUUUUUUCCUCGAGUACUUUGAUCUUGAAGUUAAAAAGAAAGUUGGGGAGAAUUCAGUUGCUGUAAAUGGACAUAAUUUGCAAGAAGGUUCUGGUGACUCAGGAGGAGCCAGAAGUCGACCAAAAACCCAAGAAACAUCUCAAGAAAAUAUUCGUGGUUUAGUUACUAAUCAUGAUGACUAUAGUGACUUAUCUGAUCCAGAAGGCGAAUCUCCGAAAGCUCACCCGCGAGCUUUCUUCAGACGGUUGUCUUUUAAAGGUUUAAAACGAGGUAAAGGUUUGUUUCACAAGCAACAUUCAGACGAAGUAGAACUUUCUCACCAUCAUGAUAGACGUUCUCGGUCAGACAAACAUGAAAAAACGAAGUUGGCAAAAAUUAUUGUUGAGUGUGUGAAAGAAGGCAUUGUCAGUUAUCUAACUGGCGAUUAUUUAGAUGGUAGGCAGAAGUGGGAAAAGUGUAGACUUUUAUUAAUUAAAACUACUGGAGGUUACAUGCUAGAGUUCUAUUCACCUCCCAAGUCUGUUAAACCUCGAAGUGGCCUUUUUUGUUUCCUCAUAACUGAAGCAAGAGAGACAACUGCUUUAGAAAUGCCAGAUCAUGAAAAUACUUUUGUACUAAAAACUGAAAAUCAUAUGGAAUAUGUUAUUGAAGCUCAUGAUUCCAAUGAUAUGAAAUCAUGGCUCUCAACUAUUAAAUAUUCUAUGCGUCAUCUUGGAGAUCUCAAUAGUGAUAGUUCUCGUCCCCGUUUACCAACUGCUCCUUCUGAUAGUCUAAGCCGCCUAAGAGACAGGUCAAGUGCAGCUUCCAAUGCAAAAAAAAAUGAUGACACAACUCCUGAUGCUAGUCCUGAUCCUCCCCCUGAUCUUCCUCCAAGAGGUGUAGCAACCACAGGGAAUGCCCAGUCAGCAACUGGUAAUGAUGCUUCGGCAUCUAAUGAAGAGACUGGUCCCGACAUUUAUGUUACCUUGAGAGAAUAUCCAUGGUUUCAUGGUAUGCUUUCUAGAAGUGAUGCUGCUCAACUGGUACUAAGAGAUGGACCUUUAGGCCAUGGAGUAUUUCUUGUUCGACAAAGUGAAACGAGAAAAGGAGAAUAUGUGCUAACUUUUAAUUUCCAAGGCCGAGCAAAGCAUUUACGCAUGACAAUCAACCCUGAAGGCCAAUGUCGUGUGCAACAUUUGUGGUUUCAAACAAUUUUUGACAUGCUGGAACAUUUUCUACAGCAUCCAAUUCCUCUCGAAUCUGGAGGAGCUUCUGAUGUAACCCUAACAGAAUAUGUAGUAAAUUUAGAUGGUGCACAGUCAAUGUCUUCUCGUGCAAGAUCAUCUCCACCCCAUGGGGAAUCUAGCAGGACAGGUGGUCCUGCAGCUCAUCGUGUGCCUAGCAUACCUGAUCUGCGAGAAGUUGUGACUGUUCAAGGCUCAGUUAGAGUUCGUAGCCAGUCUCUGGAAAAUGUCCAACCCCACGCUCAUCAUGCAAUGCUACAGCCAGCAAGAGCUGUGGAAAAUACAUACUCUUUUGUUUGAUAUUUAGUCAGCAUUUAUGUAUGCAAGGAAAUUUUCGUUACGCUGUCCCGAAUUCUUAGAGCUAUACAAACUGCCAAAAAAAAUCAACAUACUGAAAGUGAUCAAAAAUUGUAAAUUAUGCACUUAUAUGUCGUUGCAUUAUUUCAUUUUAUAAGAUAUUUUAACUGAUCUAGUGAUUUUGUUACUGUUUUAGUUUUAGAAAUUGUUUAAUUAUAGUUAUAAUGAAUUUUUUAUUUAUUAUUGCUCUCAGUAUAUUUUUUGGAACUUUAUUGUUGAUUUACUUUUAAAUGUUUCUUUUUCUUAUAUAAAUACAGCUUAAUUAUCUUUCUCAGUGUGUUUUGAUAUUUAUUAAUUUUCUUAAAAGCUUCUUAUUUGAAUUGUUAUUACAAAACAUCAUAAUAGAAAAGUUACCAUUUAUGAUGUGCAUUUGAAUCAAUCAGAAGAAAUAUUUUAACAUUUUAACAGCUUAAAUUGUAGUCAAAUAUUCCUAAUAUAAAAUAUUUUAUUUUAACAUUUUACAGCAGAAUUAAAAAAUGCUUUUAUAGUUUUCUUUCAAGAAAUAUUUUGUUUACAAACCAACCUACUGAACAGUGGUACAACAAGAAUUUUCUCGGAGAGGGGGAUGGGUACUCAAAAUAGUCCUCGUAUGUCUCUAACUAUAUAACAGUGGGUGUGGGCAAAGUUGUCACCCCCCCCCUCCCCCCCGUCGUGCUUUGCUGUCAAAAUAUUUCUGCCUUAAAUGCAGCUAUUUUUUGACAAACAAAUUGCAUGCUUUAAUCCUUAAUAUUUCAGUGCCAAAUAAACGGCAAUUAUUUUUGUCUCGUAGUUUAAACAUUCUUUACAGGAAAUAAAAAUACAGCAGAACUGUAAAUCUAAAUAUUCAAGUAUUUCUUUUUCUUCAAACUUUUAUUAAUGGUGCUAAUAAUUUGUCUUCAAGUUAUAGAAUUGAUAUAUUUUCAGUUACAGAAAAUGUUUCCCCAUUACUAGAUCACAGAAUUGCUAAAGAAAUCAUAUAAAAAGGGAAAAAAAUGAUUUUUUUUUUCUAUAAAAUGUGCUUUGGUUAUGUUUAAUAUAAGAUUUUUACAAAAUCAUCACACACAUACAUUGACUAUUGUAAAAAUACAUGCUUCUUCGACUAUUUAAUAUUUAUUACACAUAGAUAUGUAUUUGUGUAUUUCCUUAAAUUAUUCCUAAUUAAAAAGAGAAAAUUAAAUUAUUUUAAAUAUAAAUUUUGUAAAGAAAUACUAUAAAACAUGAUUGUUUAGUCUGUUAUUUACUACUUUACUGAUGUAAUUUAUUUAUUUAUUUCAGUGCUUU